AUGGUACAAAGCAAUCGGCUUCGGAUUGGCUCCGCCACCUGCGUGAAUAUCACGGCAGCUUCGAAUAUCUGCACACCAAUCCUCAUGAGAGCCAAAUACGCGACAACCCGAUAUAACACCAGCAUCAGUGCCAAAGCCACAACCGAGAGCACUUGCCCAUCAAGCCCAACGCUCUUAAUAGCCGGAAAAUCCUCAACCAAACAAGUCAGGUUACCACAUUUAUAUGAAAUCAGGCACAUGUUGAACAUAGUAUCCACCUGCUAG